UUACAUUACCGCUUGAAAUUACAGCUGGCCGCACUUUAUUGAAUGCUUUCCGCUUCGAUGACUAGCGGUAUCCCAACAAGAAGAACCCAUUCGACUGAGACUGCUGCUAUUUCUUGCUUAUUUCUAUCAUCUGAUCAACGGGCAAGGGUUUCCAAACAUCACCAUGGAUUCAACUGGAGAUGAGGAACUAAUCGAAUUUGGUACGGGGACGCGGGCUAGGGUUUCCAAACAUCGGCAUGGAUUCAACUGAAGAUGAGGAACUAAUCGAAUUUGGUAGGGGCACGCGGGCUGGAGUUUCCAAACAUCGCCAUGGAUUCAAAUGAACACAAGAUGAAUGUGUACUUGAAGGUCAUUAAAACGGUUGCCUUAAAGGUGAAGAGAUCAGAGACCACUAAAAAACUGAAGGCAUUGUUUCAUGAGAAGGAAUGCACUCCAGAAAAUCUUCAGGAGCUCUUUUUCACUGAUGAACGUAUACGUGAAGGUCAUCAAAACAGUUGCCUUAAAGGUGAAUAGAUCACAGACAACUAAAAAAUUGAAGGCAUUGUUUCAUAAGAAGGAAGGCACUCCGGAAAAUCUUCAGGAGCUGUUUUUCGCCGGUGAGCAGCUCAAGGAUGACCACAAGCUGGUUGACUAUGGUAUUUGGACGAACUCCACUCUCCAUCUUUUUCUCCAAACUAUAGACAGGAUAAAGCUUCUUGUCUACAUACCAUCAAAUGCAAAACAAUUCAAAGUUGAAGCGAAGUCUUGUGAAACUGUUGAGAACAUUAAACUCUUGAUUCAGACAAAAGAGGGCAUCUAUCAAAGCAAUUCACUCUUUUCUACGGUGGAAAGCUGCUGGAAGAAAACAGGACUUUGGCCUCUCUCAAUAUCCAGUCAGAAUCGAUCCUUUAUUUGGCUUUCAACCCAAGAGAUGUGAUGUCAGUUUCUGUGAAAAUGCCGAAUGGAGAGAUCCUGAUACCUGAAGUCAAGGCAGUAAUUCGGAGUUUCGUUUUUUUUGUGGACAUAGACGAACAGAAUUUAACUUAUGCAGGAAAGCAACUUGAGAACUCAAAGACUUUAGCUUAUUAUGAUAUUAAGAACUCCCUCUUAGAGAUGUUGCCUUUUACCUAUCAGAUAUUUUUGAUGGACUUGGAUGGAAAAACACACUUUCUUAGAGUGUGCAAAGAGGACAGGGUCAGGGAUGUGAAGUCUAAGAUUUUACACAGGUUUGGUGUGCCCGUUCACCGCUAUUAUCUUGCAUAUGCUGGAAAAAUACUCAAGGAUGACAAAGAUUUGGCUACGUGCAAUAUAGUGAAACAUUCGCAUCUCCAUUUAGUUUUUCGAGGUAUCGUACCAAAGUUUUUCCGAAUAUCACUUGGUCAUAUUUCUCUUCCUGAUUUUGUUAUCAAGAACUGCACAGUGAGAGUCGAUUUGGACAAGCAUGCUUCAUUAUUUCAGGUAGAGACUAGAGGGCAAGUUAGCUACUUUGAAAAUAGAGAAAUUUCUGGCUUCCAAAGCUCGUUGAGUCCGCUAAGAGCAGACUUGAGUCACACCAAGUGGAAGUUUUUCAAUUUGAAGUCUAUGCAAGAAGAAGAGCAUGUUGAGCUUCUCACGUUUUUUUCCUACAUUCCGAACCACAUUCACAGGGUCACUGUUAAACAGCUAGCUCAUGAGAAAAACAGAAAGAAUGAGAAUGGGAUUUCUGUGCUCUUGAUCCCACCGGAGCUCCUGUCGCUAGAGAGAAGGAAGCCACAGUUCUCACAAGCAAACUUCCCAUUUGCAAACAGUUACCACCAGGCCACCUUGCUUGCUUUAUAUCUUGUGAAAGGGGUCCAAGCUCCAAAUCAUCAUAUUCCUUUCAGUCCACUGGAAAAUAUGCUGAAUUAUUUUCCUUACGGUAAACUUGGUUUACUCUAUGUGGAAUACGGAAGUGAUUUCAAGACGGACUAUCCAUGGAAAGCGGGAUAUUCGGGUCAACUUAAGCUCACGUCGACUAACCCCUCCCCAAUCCUGUCAAAGCAAAUGAAUAAGGGAAUAAGCCUUGCAGCUUGCUCCCCUGCUGCUCAAAAAUACCUCGUUCAGCUUGCUCCCCUAACAUUGGAUGCUGUUGUGCGCAAAUAUAUGAGAGGACUUCGGGUUGGUGCUAUGCUGGGAACCCAAACAACUCAUGCAACACCCCAUCCGACUGAGACUGCUGCUAUUUCUUGCUAUUUCUAUCAUCUGAUCAAAGGGCUAGGGCUUCCAAACAUCGCCAUGGAUUCAACUGAAGACGAGAUGAAGGUAUACUUAAAGGUCAUCAAAACAGUUGCCUUAAAAGUGAAGACAUCAGAGACAACUAGAAAACUGAAGGCCUUGUUUCAUGACAAGGAAGGCACUCCUGAAAAUCUUCAGGAGCUCUUUUUCUCUGUUAAGCAGCUCGAGGAUGACCACAAGCUCGUUGACCAUGGUAUUCGGACGAACUCCACUCUCCACCUUUACCUCCAAGCUAUAGACAUGAUAAAGCUUCUUGUCUACAUACCAUCAAAUGAGAAAAUACUUGAACUUGAAGCAAAGACUCAUGAAAGUGUCGAGAACAUUAAACUCUUGAUUCAGACAAAAGAGGGCAUCCUAUCAGAACAAUUCACUCUUGUCUACGGUGGAGAGCUGCUGGAUGAUAACAGAACUUUGGCCUCACUCGGUAUCCAGUCAGAAUCAAUGCUUCAUUUGGUUUUCAACCCAAGAGAUGUGGUGUCAGUUUCGGUGAAAAUGCAUAGCGGAGAGAUCCUGAAACUUAAAGUUAAGGUCUUGCAAACUUUUCAAGAUAUCAAGGCAAUAGUGCAGAGUAUGGAGGGUUUUGAGGCUGGCGCUGAGGAUCUAACUUAUGCAGGCAAGCUACUUGAGGAUUCCAAGACUUUAGCUUGUUGUAACAUCAAGGAGAACUCCAUUUUAGAGAUGUUGCCUUUGACCUUUAAGAUUAUGUGAAGGACUGCAAUGGCAAAACUCAAGUUCUUAAGGUGUGCAAAGAGGACAGUCUCUUAGAUGUGAAGAAUAAGAUUCCCGAUAAGCAAGGUGUGCCAGUUGGCGAAAUUCGUAUCGUGUUUGCUUGAAAAGUACAGCAAAAUGAUCAAGAUCUGGCUACCUAUAGUAUUGAGAAAGAUGACAUUCUCUGUGAGUAUUUGGAAAUGUCUGUACUUUUCUGGUGGGCCUUAGGCAAGGUGCUAAUUUGCCUAUAUGUAGUAGAGCCGGCUCUGGUUUUUUGUCCUGUUUCCGGGAUCAAUACCACCACCAUUUAUACCAAACUCCACUACCGUUAGGCUGGGUUUGAAUCAUGGGUUGGUGGAGGGAUUUAAUGUUUUAAUCUUUUCUUUUCUCGUUCCCUUGCUCUCCAUGGCUCCACCAAUAUUCUUGAUCCAAUUACAGCCUUGGUACUUGAAUGCUAUGAUAAGAGAAGAUAAUGAGAAAAUUUAGCGAAUGAUGUAAUAAUCGGCGUGGA